UUUUUGCCUAUAAUUUCAUGAUUGUUGCAGAUUUUAUUCCUUAUGUCUUGAUUAGAAAUCAUCUUAACAUCAUAUUACAUGUUAUAUUGGAUUAAUGGGGAGGAAAAACCACUAUAGAGAUUGCUUUGAAGGAAAUAUACAUACAACACAUUAUCUCACACAAGCCACCUAGCUUUGGGAAAAAGGAAAAGAGGAACUGAUAUACACUGAGGCCACUAUCUGCCAGGUUUUGGGAUAGGUGUUUUUUUAUAUACCACCCUACCUUGCACCUCAACCUACAUAAUGAUGUGUUCUUGUGAAUACUUGUGGCUCCUUGAAUAAUUGAAACAUGGUUUAUUCAAAAAAGUCAUUCCUUUGUAAGAAAGUUACUGAGUCACUUUCAUUAAAUACCACGUAUUUGGGGCAAGACAGGAACAUUCUAGGUGUUGGUGAUUUGUUAGUGAGCAAAAUGAACAAAAAUUUCUACUCUUGUAGAGCUUGCAUUUUUAUGGAGAGAGACAAAAACAAUCAAUAUAAACAUGAGUGAAUAUUCAGUAUUUCAUGUUAGUCAUGGAUGCUUUUCCCUGCUGUAGACAGAAAGAAAUUUUGUCUUCUUAGUAUUUAAAAAAAGUUGAUAAAUAUUCAGAACCACUGUGGAGACAUUACAAAUACAUUUUUGGCUUAUAAUUUCCAAUGUUUCUUUAAAUACUCUAAGGCAGUUCAAAUUUAGGCAUUUUGGUGGAAUUUAGAGUUAAAUAGACAAAGAAAUUGAAUCUGUUGGGAUUAUUCUGUCUUAACUAUAGAAUGUUAAUGAUUUGGCUAUUUUACUAAUACCUCUUCCAUCCGCACAACCCACUUCUGUUUCUUGGCCUAUAGUCUGUAGACUUAUGACAUGCAUUAGGAUGACGUGGGAAUUCAUUGUCAGUUCAGGAUCCUGAGGCCUACACCACUGUACCAAAUGGAAAUCUUUCAGAUUUGGUCAAGAAAGUAUAUUUUGAACAUGUACUUCAAGUGAUUUUGCUGCACACGCCUUGCUUCAGAGUUUGGAGUUCGAGGUUAUCCAACAAUUAAGCUAUUAAAGGGGAACUUGGCAUAUAAUUACAGAGGACCACGUACAAAAGAUGAUAUUAUUGAAUUUGCUCACAGAGUAUCUGGAGCUCUAAUUCGGCCACUUCCAAGUCAGCAGAUGUUUGAACAUGUGCAGAAGAGACAUCGUGUAUUUUUUGUUUAUAUAGGUGGAGAAUCACCUUUGAAAGAGAAAUACAUAGAAGCUGCUUCAGAAUUGAUUGUUUAUUCAUACUUCUUUUCUGCUUCAGAAGAGGUGGUUCCUGAGUAUGUGACCCUAAAAGAGGUGCCCGCUGUGCUUGUUUUCAAAGAUGAGAAUUACUUUGUUUAUGAUGAAUAUGAAGAUGGUGACCUGUCAGGAUGGAUCAACAGGGAGAGGUUUCAGACUUACCUUACUAUGGAUGGCUUCCUCUUGUAUGAACUUGGAGACACAGGAAAGCUUGUGGCUAUUGCAGUUAUUGAUGAGAAAAAUGCAUCAAUUGAACAUACCAGAUUAAAGUCAAUUAUUCAGGAAGUUGCAAGAGAAUACAAAGGCCACUUCAGUAGGGAUUUUCAGUUUGGCCACAUGGAUGGAAAUGACUACAUCAAUACCUUGCUGAUGGAUGAAUUGAAAGUCCCAACUGUAGUUGUACUGAACACAUCAAACCAACAGUACUUUGUGCUAGAUAGACAGAUUUCAGAUGCCAAAGACUUGAUCGAGUUCAUUAAUAACAUUUUGGAUGGCUCAGUAGAAGCCCAAGGAGGUGAUAGCAUUUUGCAGAGAUUGAAAAGAGUACUAUUUGAUGCCAAGUCUACUGUUGUGUCGAUAUUCAGGAGCUCGCCACUUAUGGGCUGCUUUCUCUUUGGCCUGCCACUGGGUGUCAUCAGUAUCAUGUGCUAUGGAAUCUACACAGCUGACACAGACUCAGAUGGAGGUUAUAUGGAAGAGCGAUAUGAAAUGUCUAAAAGUGAAUUUGAAAUCCAAGAACAGCCAGAGGAGAACACAGAUCAAGAGCCAAACAGUGGAGAUUCUACAGCACCUACUGCCCAAGAGCCCAAGGAUGUGUUAGAGAAAAAGAAAGACUGAGACUUGACGAGUAUAAAACAUUUGAUAGGAUUUCAAAUCAUUAAAGAGUCUAUUUAUUGGAUAUAGAUAUUUAAUCAUGAUCUUUACAGAAGAGAACAUGUUAUUUGUACUUUGCUAAUAUCAACUGCAUGGAUUCAAGUAGUCCUUCUACAAAGGGGGAGAUAUUUGGAGUAAAGAAACGGUGUAUCUAAAACAAACAGAAUCAAACCACUCCAUCAGAGUUUACCUUAUAGAUGUUAUUAUAAUAGGUCAGUUUUAUUUGCAUGUUUCUCUAUCUGAAUAUUCUGUGACAAAGUUAGGAUUCUUGGAGAGAAUAUUUAAAUUGGUCAUUCAGGUAGAAAAUACAUGUCUGAUAGAGAAAAAAUAACACAUCUACCUACAGCUGUCCAUUCUCAUAUAUUUUGCAUAAGAUUUGUAUGGACAAUGUAAGUCUUUAAUAAAAGUUAGGCACUUUAAGGAAAACUAACAACUUUUUCCAUGUAUCACAUUAAGAUUACAAGGUUAAAAGUGAUGUGGUUUUAUAUAUAGCAUAGUGCUUUUAUUUUGUUAGUUAUUUUUAAAGGAGAGGAAAUGUUACUUUUUAACUUUAUACUUGGUUUCAUUAUUAUAAAAUUUUCAUAUGAGCCUGUAUAGUGUGUGGGGGGAGUUUUGUGGUUGAUCUUUGCAAAAUAACCAGGUUGUGCAGGGAACAGUAACUUCAGCCCGUUCCUGGGAAUGCUCUCUAACCAGUUGUCUUCAUCAGUCAUUCCAGGAAGGAAAGGAGCUAUGUCAAUCCUGUCUUGCUUAGCUUUAGCCAAAGCAGUUUAGGAUUUUUGUAUUCUUUCUUUUUUAUUUUGUAUAUUGAAAUUUCUUCUAAAAUUUCAUUUGAUUAAAAAAUCUGGCUUUUGAAAAGUAAUAUAUCAUAUUUUUGUUUGUGGUAAUUUUACUUUAUAGCAAUUUAAAAUCUGAAUUAUCGCACAUCUAUUUUGUAAUGCCAUUAUGAACACAUGUUCAUAAUGAGUAAUGAGUGACAUAAUUAGCAUGUCAAGCAGUGUGUCACGCACAGUGAGAAAAAUAGAGAUGGCUGGUUACUUUCUCUGUUCUCUGAGUUCUGUCAUCCAUUUCAGUGAGUAUCUCUAAUUUCAUUUAUAAUGAAAUAGUGUAGGAAUUCUAACACAGUAAUAUCUAAAAAUUGGUAUUUUGCAGUAAGCUUGAUAUGCUUAUUGUGGAUUAAUUUGUUAUUUUUGAGGCCUUUGUUUACGUAAGUUUGGAAUUUUUACUAGGUAACUUAUUUAAGUACUUAUUCUUUAGUUUUAUUAUCCAUUGUAAAGAUUGUCUUGAUUGUAUUAAAAAUGUUUAAUCAUUUUAAAAAUAUGUAAUUUAUGGUCCUUACACUGAAGUUAUUUAGGGCUUUGAUUGCCAAAGGCAGCUUUUGGUUGUUUCUGAUGCCAUACUAAUCUGGACUAACUGAAACUCUUGUAUCUUAAAUGCUGCAGAAUUACAAAUAAUUGUUUUGUUGUGUUCAUGUGUUCUUUUAGCAUAUAAUAAUUAAAUAUCCAUCUUUAAUGUUUGACCCCUUAUUAACUUUUUUAAUAAUGAAAUAAGUAUGUAGUCAGAGAGAAUUUCAGAAAAUACUAAAAUGAAAAGUUCUCAAAUGGAAAUUGGACAUAAAUGCUGGUAAUUCAAAAAGGAGAUUCCUCUGCAUAGAAUACAGAGAGUAUCUUUGGGAAGAUAAUAAUGUUCCCAGUGAUCAGACUGGUUUUGCAGUAGAAAAAACUUAGAUAAGUAUAGAGCCUCAUUUAAGACUCAGUUUAGUAAAGAAGUGAAAUAAAAUUACAGAAAAUGUCACUGAUUUUUUUUCCUUCAUGUUUAUCACUAUCAGAUGUUAGUUUGCAUAUUUUUGUGUUAUUAGUCAUCACCUAUACAGAACACCUCUGUAGGGAAAAGAGUAAAGUUCAAGAAGCAAAAAUCCAGUGAUGAUCCUUUGUAUUCUGGGACAUGGCCCUUUAGUUCAUGGCCUUAGAUCUCUGUCAUCCUUUGCACAACUCUGUGCUCUUGCCUCAUGUGCUCUUUGCACAUUUUAAGUGUGUUUAUUGAGAAAACAAAAUGUGUAGGUUGUUUGAUAAGUGAAUGUUUUUUUUUCUUUUUGUAUUAAAAUUUUGCUUUUAACUUGUUUCUGUUUUAGAAUAUUACUUUGUCAGAUUCCUCACCAAAAAAAAAAAAAAAAUGGUUCACUUGUGUGCUUUUUCCCUUCAAUGUGAUUAUCAGAGCUUUACUCUGAAUGCUGUUUUCAUUUCAGGAAAAAUUAUUUAAAAAUAAAGGUGUAUCUCUUAAUAAUUAAAUCUGGUAGACACAGUGAUAAUUCAGAUGAUGAAUUACAUGAUUACAUAUCUUUAAUAGAAUCCUUCAGGAAACUGGAGUCCCACUUUCUCUUUCAGUUGCAGCAAAGUUCCAUAUCUAUUUUCUGGAAUUCAAACUUCUAGAUCCUUGAACAAUAUUACCAAUAUUCCAGAGGGAAAGUGCAUAUUUUUAUCAUGUACCCUGUGCACCCCAUGGUAGCGCACAACCUUUUUUGUUUCACUGUAUGCAUCAGUAUUUCUCUAGCUACUGUCUGAAACUUGUUUGAAGGAUAUUAAAUCUGGAAUUUUCAUUUUCUUCCUCACAGUGCUUCCUGGUAUCUGAUUUAGAAAUAACAUUUAAGAUGCCAAAUGUUUUAAGGUUGAAGGAAGGGUCUAUGUGAGUAGUUAAAACAGCUGUUUGGUGGAUUUUAUUGUUAAUGAUGUUCCUUGUGUUUUGAUUUUGGGGCUUUUUUGUUUGUUUGUUUUGGUUUUGUAAAAAGUAAUAUAAAUAAUUUCAUCAUUGUUCUGUAUGACCAAGAGGUAGGACAAGGUGGAAAAACUACUUAGCUAUUCUUAUUAAGCAGAACUUGUUGAAAUAAACCAGUGUGAGAGUGAGAUAUUAUGACUAUCAAUUAAUUGGUAGGGUUAAGUUUACCAUUUUAUUUUUAUAAUUCUUUUUUUUUUUUCCUGAAUGUGUGAGUCCAAGAGUAGACAAAAAAUACUUUUCUUCUUUGGACUAAUCUCUGGUGGUUUUUGAAAGUCUGUAUUACUAACUUGUUGAAUUCAUGAUAUUCUGUCUUAUAGCAUCAGUUGUAAACAUUUGUUUUUCUAAAAUAAAGUAAUUCAAAACGUA